CGCCCAGCGUUCGAACCGGAAAACAGGUGUAAACGGGUCUAAUCAUUUCCGCUUUUCACUUCCGUACACUGGUUGACUGCAGCGGUAGGUGAUCUCCUGCUAACUUCUAAGUUUCGCUUUAGUGUAUUCUAUUUAGUAUUUAGUAUUCUAUUUCGUGUGAUUAAAAUGUCAUUUUAACAUUUGUGAAAUUAAAAUUUCACAAAUGUUAAUUAAAAUGUUAAAAUACCAGAAACGGCAACAUCUGAACAGCAGUUUUUGUUGUGUGCCGAGCUGUUCUGUGUCGGGGAAAUUUAACUCUAGCGUAAGUUUCCACCAGUUUCCAAAGGAUGAGUCAGUUAGGGCGAUAUGGGUCCGAAACAUUAGGCGUGAUAAAUUCGUUAUAAGGAGACACACCACUGUCUGCAGUCGGCAUUUUAUGCCAGAAGAUGUCGUUGAAGGUGGCCGACGCCGUUUGAAACCCAGGGCGAUUCCGGUGUUGUUCGCCUGGAACAACUACAACCUGCCGGUCACUCGGCCAAGCGUGUGGCAAAGGACACAGCGGCAAGAGGAGGAGGAGGAGGAUGAGGAUGAGGGUGAGGUGCCGAUCAAUGCCAGCGUGGCUUUGUGUCACGACUACGAUAGCAGACCAGAACCUGCAUUUAUGGACCUGGCCUACGAAAAAAUCCACGCACAGCAGCAGGUCAUCAUAGAGCUACAGAGGCGACUGGAGGAGGUUUCAUUGGGGCAGAAGUUUGGACUUGAAAGAUACAAGACCUCCGAUGAGGACAUCAGGUUUUACACGAGAUUUGCCAGCUACCGCCAUUUCAAUGCAUUUUGGUUGCAUCAGGUUGAACCUGUCAGUAGGAGAAUUGUCCGUGUUGGACAGUCUUCGUCAACCACAGUUCCUGAUGAGACUGCUGACCCACCACGUAGACCAAACCGCUGUCUACCGCUGAUUGAUGAGCUGUUCCUCUUUCUGGUCUAUCUGUCUCUGGGUCUGAAGGAGAGGGAUCUAGCGGACCGCUUCAACGUACAUCAAUCAACUGUAAGUAGAACAAUUAGGACCUGGGCUAAUUUUCUCUACACAGUUUUGGGUGCUGUGGGCAUUUGGAUGUCCCCUGAUGCAGUCCGUGCCAUGAUGCCUGACGUGUUUGAAAAGUACUCUGACACACAGGUGAUAGUAGACUGCACUGAACUAAAAUGUCAGACGCCUUCCUCGCUCCUUUUGCAGAGUGAGAUGUACUCCCAGUAUAAGUCUCAUACCACAGUAAAGGGAAUGAUUGGUGUGUCCCCGCACGGUGCUGUCACCUUUGUGUCAACACUGUACUCUGGUUCCAUUAGCGAUAAAGAACUGUUCAAGCAAUCUGGAAUCAUCCCUCUACUAGAUGAAAACAUGGCUGUAAUGGUUGAUAAAGGCUUUUCAAUUGAUGAUUUAGUACCGGGCAAAGUACACAGACCACCUUUUCUGGGAAGGAACUCUCAGCUGUCUCGUGAAGAUGUUUUAGCUACUCAGGAAAUUGCCAGGCUGAGAAUACACGUGGAGAGAGUGAUUAGGCGCAUAAAACAAAAUAAAUUAUUCGAUUCCAUCAUCCCUUUGACUAUUAAUGGUAGUAUCAACCAGCUUUUCGCAGUAGCCUGCCUUCUAUCUAAUUAUCAGAACAAACCACUGGUCAAGGCGUGGGCCAAAUAGAUGAUCUAAUUUACCCAGGGUUUCCCACAGCACUUUACAGCUUAGGCGGCCGCCUAAGCAACACACGCCUGCCGCCUUAACUACGUUGUCAUAAUUUUUUUUUUUUAUAUUUUAAAGUUCAAAUUGCACAAAUUCUUUAACUGUUCUUGUUUCAGUUGUUAUUUUGACAAUGUUGAGUAGCACUUUUCUUUUAAAUAUGUGUAGAGUUCAAAUUGCACAAAUUCUUUAACUGUUCUUGUUUCAGUUGUUAUUUUGACAAUGUUGUUUAGCAGCCCCCCCCCCCCCCCCCCCCCAACCCAUUCUACCUAUUGUAAAUACAUGAAAAAUGAUUGAAACAGAAAAUGAUUUUAAUGAAAAUGAUUGUCAAUUAAAUGUUGUGCUCAGUACCUAACGUCUGGUCAGGUACUUGGGCAUGUAAAUCUUGAAAAAGAA